ACAAUGUCGAAGCUAUAUCAAUUCAGUCUCGGUCUCUUCUGCCCCAAGAGACUUUUGAGCUAUUCAAGGCUUGAAGCUAAAUUCUAACAACUCUAUCCGCAUUACGAGCUUAAUCUUGCCGCCAUCAAAAGUCAAAAUGAAGUUGUCCCUCCUAGCUACGAUCACGGCAGUUGCCAUUACCUCUACGGAGGCAUGCGCCAAGUACAAGACUUGCUGGUGCGAGAGAAGCAACUUCAUGUACGAGGGCAGACUGCAGGACAACAUCCCCUGGGACGAAGACACUGUCAAGGCUUGCGUGGACCCCGGGACAGUAGGAUACUAUGGGCAGAACUUUAAGGAGUGCCACCGAUACAAAAAGUCCUUCUUCGCCUUCAUUCCCUCCAAGGCCAUUAACAACUGCGAUUGGACCAAGAAAUGCCAAUCGGUUGGUGCUACGACCGGAUACUGCCGCGAGAAGAUUUAGAUACCCCGAAGUUCGAGAUAGCCAUACGAUAUUUAAUGUCCACUACGAAUUGAAUGCUUUUGCGUGUCGGUCUCACAGUGUAACUCCCUCACAGCCUACUGACUGUUCAGCAACGGCUCAGAUCGAGAUUGCGGGUCAAUAGCCGUGAAAAUCUAUCGCAAUUGCAUGCCGUAG